AUGUCGUCAUACGUCAAGGGAGGAGCGUGGACCAAUAUAGAAGAUGAAAUACUCAAAGCCGCCGUGCAAAAAUACGGCAUCAACCAGUGGGCUCGAGUCUCUUCCUUGUUGCCCAAAAAGUCAGACCUCCAAGCCAAAUCACGAUGGGAUGAAUAUUUGAACCCAACAAUCAACAAAUCUUCAACAUGGACCAAGGCCGAGGAUAAACGGCUAUUGGAAUUGAGCAAAUUGAUACCAAACCAAUGGCGAACCAUAGCAUCAGUUCUCGGCCAUGGUAUUGGCGGCAGUCGUACCGCGACGCAAUGCUUGGAACGUUUCCAAAAAUUGAUCGAUGAUGCUGCCGGUAUCGAACCAGAUCAAAUGAGACUACUGGGGCCCGGAAUUGAGUCCUUACCCGCGCUGGGACUGACACCAGCGUUUGGUGACGCGGCGGCGGAAACUUUGCCUGCUAGACCCGAUGAUAGUGAUUUAGAAGACGAUGAACGAGAAAUGCUAGCUGAGGCCAAGGCUAGACUUGCCAACACUCAAGGCAAAAAGGCCAAGAGGAAAGCUAGGGAGAGGAUACUUGAAGAGAGUAAAAGGAUUGCCUUGUUGCAAAAGAGGAGAGAUAUGAAAGCCGCGGGCAUCAAUAUCUCGCUCAAGUCGAAGAAUAAGAAACGGAAGAAAGAGUUUGAUUAUGCGGCGAAUAUACCACACCAAGCUGUGCCUGCUGAAGGGCCAUUUGAUGUUACGGAAGAAAACGAGCAGAAUGAGAAACAAGCAAGUCGGUUCAAGCACCAGGUUGCCAAGAAGGGGGUUAGUUUGAAAGAAGUUGACGACAAGAUUCGAUCACAACAACGACAAAUGAAUAAGCAAAACAAGGAGAAAAAGCGACCAGCUGAGAAUGACAAUGUGGAGGACAAAAUAGAGGACAAGGCUCAUAUUCAAUUCAAGAAGAGAAAAUUGGAUGGGACUUUUGAAUACCUUGGCCUUGAGCAAAAAGUGGAACCAACAAUCGCUGUACCUAGAAAAGCCAAUAAAUCAGUGAGACCUUUUCUAAAAGGCUUAUUUGAUAAAUUACCUCAACCAAAACACCACAAGGGAUCGCCCAAACUCAUUGGAGGUCCAGAGAUUUCAGAAACUGCCGAAAUCGCCGAUAUUGCUGAGCCUGUGCAGAAUGCAGCAGACGCAGAGCAGCAGGAAAAGUUGAAACUCUUGAGUCAAAUAAGCGAGGAAAACGCCAGGGAACACAGAACUCAAGUUGUGCAAUUGGGCCUUCCGAUCCCGCAUCCAUCUUCACUAUCGCUAGCUGCACUCGGCAAGAGUGAAUCCUCCUUGGAUUUUGUUGAAAGCUUGGUGGCUGCAGAAAUGGAGAAAUUGGUAAAGUCAGACUACCGAACACACAGAGACUCCAGUUUCCCAGCUGCCGUUGUAGUUUACGAGUGGGACAAAGAUGCCUAUGCAAAAGUCCAUGCCGAGAUAGAAGACGAGUUGAAAGUAAUGGAGACUAAAGUCGAAACCAACGCCAACGCCAACACUGAAACCACGCUGCUGCUGCUGCUGCUGCUAUUGCAACAGCGCCAUUAUGAACUACCGCAAAAUUUUGAGGCUGCGGAAGAAGUCAUUGCCAAAUUGCAUGAGCUCUACAAUCUGGCUGAAGCCGUAGCUGGGAAAUUGGAACCCGCGGAAUACGUCAAGCAACGAGAUGCUCUUUUGCAGCAGAUACAGCAAAACCACAAAUUGCUAGCUGCCGAGGAACUACGGUACAACUUGGUUCGUCAGCAGGCAUCUGAAGAACAAAGAAUUCUUCAAGAGGAAAAAGGCCGAUUGACCAAGAUUGUAGCUAGACUCUACGCGGGUAUCGACAAAAAGAUCAACAAGUCUAGAGUAUGA